CCAUUUUAGAUUUUCCUCAGUGCUAAACCCCAGCCUGUUUUAAACAUUCAUGACCCACAAGACUUGGGCUCGUAGCACCAGAAUUUAUAAGCCGACUAGCAUUCGGCGGCUUGUCUGGCGAGGGACAUGAGACUGCGAGGGUCGUCUUCCUUAGCUUCCAGGGCUUCACCCGCACUCAGAAACCUACCUGAAGAAGCUUGCAAUAAGAAGAAGCUUCAGAGGGAUACCCCAUCAAAGGCCGAAUCCAAGGAAUUUACUGAUCAAGGACGCUCGAACAACUCUGAAGCUCUUUCAACAGGUAACCCUUCUCCUCUAAACUCUCAGUUCAGAAAUCCCAACUCAGUUUCCAUCUCAAAGGCCCCCAUUCCAGCUAAGAAACGCCAAGAUACUAUUAGACCAAUUGACCACCAGUACAUUUCUCAAAUUCUGUCGCGGAAGGACUGGUUUGUAUUGCUAAACCACGAGGUCAAGGCGAGGAGAAUCAUUUUGACUGCUCAGUUUGUAGCUAGUGUCUUGCAAAAUCAAGAAAAUCCAUUACACCCUUUGAAAUUUUAUAUCUGGGUUUCGAAUAUCGACCCAUCAUUCGCGAAGAAUCAAUCGAUUCGUGGUGUCUUAUCUAACACCCUUUCUCGGAAAGGUCCAGUUGUUUUGUCUGUUGAGUUGCUUCAGGACAUUAGGAAUUCUGGUUGCCGGGUUACAGAAGACCUGCUUUGUGUACUGAUCGGCAGUUGGGGGAGAUUGGGGUUGGCAAAGUAUUGUGCAGAAGUUUUUGCCCAAAUAUCGUUUUUGGGUCUUAGUCCAACCACGAGGUUGUAUAAUGCGGUUAUAGAUGCAUUGGUGAAAGCCAAUUCGCUUGACUUGGCAUAUUUGAAAUUCCAACAAAUGACUGCUGAUAAUUGCAAUCCUGAUAGGUUCACUUACAAUCUCCUAAUUCAUGGAGUUUGCAGGAUUGGAGUGGUGGAUGAGGCGCUUCGUUUGGUCAGGCAGAUGGAGGCCUUGGGAUAUUCACCGAAUGUGUUCACGUAUACAAUAUUGAUUGACGGGUUUUGUAAUGCAAAUAGAGUUGACGGAGCCUUUAGACUUUUAGAGAUGAUGAUAGAGAGGAAUGUGUAUCCAAGUGAGGCUACUAUUAGGUCACUGGUUCAUGGGGUGUUUCGUUGUGUAGCCCCUAGUAAGGCUUUUGAGUUGCUAUCAAGAUUUGUGGAGAGGCAGCCUGUCUUGGCUAAAUCAGCUUAUAAUACUAUACUGCAUUGCCUUUCGAAUAAAUCUAUGGCGAGAGAGGCUGCUAUUUUUUUAAGAAAUUGUGGGGCAAAAGGUUAUUUGCCUGACAGUUCAAUCUUUAAUAUUGUAAUGACUUGUCUGAUAAAGAGAUUAGAUUUGAAUGAGACAUGUGAGCUAUUUAGUAGUUUAAUAGGGCGAGGCAUGAAGCCAGGGUUUAGUACGUAUCUUGCACUAAUUGAAGCUGCAUACAGGACAGGAAAAAGCAAGGAAGGGAAUAUUUUUUGGGAUCAAAUGUUCAAGGAUGGACUUGUAUCUGAUGUUUUUUGCUAUAAUAUGGUGAUUGAUUGCUUGUGUAAAGCCAAUAAGAUGGACAGGGCAUCUGAGACUUUCAGAGACAUGCAGCAUAUGGGAAGUGCUCCUAACCUUGUCACUUACAAUACCCUUAUUAGCGGACAUUGCAAGGAUGGAGAGCUAGAUAAGGUUCGGGAACUGCUGGUGAUGCUUUUAGAACAUGGAUUUAAGCCUGAUAUCUUCACAUUUAGUUCAAUAAUAGAUGGCCUUUGUCGAGUACACCAGAUUGGUGAUGCUUUUGAGUGUUUCAUUGAAAUGGUUGAGUGGGGUGUCACCCCAAAUGCUGUCACGUAUAAUAUAUUGAUCCGCUCUUUAUGUGUCAUUGGGGAUGUUGGUAGAUCAAUGAAUCUUUUGAAAAAGAUGCAAGCCAACGGAAUAAGCCCUGAUACUUUCUCAUUCAAUGCUCUUAUUCAAAGUUUUUGCAGGUUGAAUAAGGUUGAGAAAGCGGAGAACCUUUUCAUUUCCAUGUUAAAACUAGGUUUGCAUCCUGACAAUUAUACAUACAGUGUUUUGAUCAAGGCACUCUGCCAAUGUGGGAGACUAAUUGAAGCAAAGGAGAUGUUUCACUCGAUGGAAGUAAAUGGUUGUGUUCCCGAUUCUUAUACAUGUAAACUAAUUUUGGAAACUCUGGUUCAGCUAGGUCACUUUGAAGAGGCUCGGAAUUUGGUAAAGAGAUGUAGUAAGAGUGGACUUUCUUUGUAAUCCAAUCCUAACUUGUAGGACAGCGCUAUUGUGGUUCAUCAGUUCAUGCUGCUUUGAUGACAUAUGCAUCUGUAGACCGUUAGGUUGCUGUCUUGCUUAUUGCAUCGGUGGAAUUAAGUGUACAACAGUGCUGCUUUCACAAUCUCACGUCGUAGCUCGUGAUCGAGAGGAAACUGAAGUGACGAUGGCUCUGGGGUGGCUGGGAGUGACCGGUGACGCCAUUGGCUGGAAGGGAGUGGGUUUGACGGGAUUGGGCUGGUCGGCACUUUCUAUGGCUGUUUCUGGCAAGUUGGUUGUCUCGGUUGGCUGUGAAAGUGGUUUUCUUGGUUGUAGGGGCUGUUAUGUUGGGCUGAUUAAAUCGCUGAUUUAGUGAUGGCUGCAACAAAUCUGGGAACUGUUUUCUAGGUCUGGUGAUAUUGGACCUGAGAAAGAAAGUGGUGGUCAGGAGAUAACCCUUUUGGAUGGCUGGGUGUACCAUUCAUUUAUCUGGCUGAUGUCUGAUGCUUGUUACUAGCAUACGAAAAAGCUCCAAAUGGACAUGAUUUGGAGCAGAGAGAAAUGUUGCCCUGUUUGGCCCCCAUGUACGAGAAGAAAAAUGAAGCUGGUUUGGUGGAGCGUAUGGCAAGCAAUUGGAACAAGGCUGUGUCAAUCGAAUUUUAGGGCACAUCGGACAUGUUGGAAAUCGAACCGAAAUCAUUAGGUUUAUAAAGGCUGUUUAGACAACAUCUUUUCUCUAAAAGCAUUUAGUGCCUGCUUACAUUGAUAAAUAGCAAAACCAUCUUUAGGACCUCACGAAAACAAAAAUCUCACGUGUUCAUAGUGGCAGCUAAAGUUUUUGCAGUGAUGCCACUUCUCAUAUCUAUCAACCUUUUCAAGGAUCGAUAAAAAACUGUAUAAAUUGUUUGACAUGUUUGGGAUAAUCCCCCCUAGAUACUCCAAGUGGUGAUGUUACUCUCCUUUUUCAAGGCACACAAGCUCCGGUGUAUCAGGCAAGGCUGCCUUUUUUUUGGGCUCUAAAAAACAUUGUUCUGUAUUGUCUUCUGUGAACUGGUUGAACAUGAUCAAAUAUAUAUUUAUAUAUGUAUGUAUGUA